CCAUUUUUUUCGUAUACAUAUUUUAUAUAUUUUGAAGAUAUUAGAUUAAAUUUAGCAAUGCUAUUUACAAAAUGAUAAAAUAUCUUUGGACCAAUUUUUAAAGUAUUGAUUAAUUCUUUUAAUAUAGAUUAGUGGUAGUUGCUGACCAUAAAUAAACAGAGUAAGAUUCCGACAAGCACCCACAAGAGGAAACUUUCUCUUAACAGAAAUGAUUAAAAUGGCUGCUCCCACCGGAAACACCAAUCUCUUUCUCCGGCCUCUCAUCCUCUCCCUUCUUCUUCUUGCCUCACCUUUCGUCUCCUCCGUGGAGAUCGAUUCCUCAGAUCUCAAAGCUCUUCAAGUCAUCAAAACAGAGCUAGGAGUCAACGGUCAACGCUCUUCUCUCUCUUCCAGUGAUGCUAACCCUUGCGGUCGCGGAGGAGUUUCCUGCGAGAUACGCCACUCCGACGCCACCGGAGGAUACGUUCUCCGCGUCACGAGGCUCGUAUACCGAUCCCGGAGCUUGGCCGGAACCAUCUCACCGGUUAUCGGAACGUUGUCGGAGCUCAAAGAACUCACUUUGUCUAAUAACAAGCUGGUCGGUGGUGUUCCACUGGAUGUCUUAAACUGCAAGAAACUCGAAGUCCUUGAUGUCCGAAACAACAGAUUUUCCGGUCAGAUUCCGGGAAACUUCUCUGGUUUUAUCCGUCUUCGAAUUCUUGAUCUUUCUUCGAACAAAUUCUCCGGGAAUUUGAACUUCUUGAGGAAUCUACCCAAUCUCGAGAGUCUCUCCGUUGCAAACAAUAUCUUCUCAGGCAAGAUUCCCGAGCUAGUUAUGUCCUUCCAUAAUCUCCGGUUCUUUGAUUUCUCCGGAAACCGGUUAUUGGAAAGUCCGGUUCCGGUUAUGAGUAAAAUCAAGAUAUCUCCAUACCAAACAAGACACAUUCUUGCUGAAACUCCAUCUACAAACUCAACGAAGAAACCCAACAACACCACCACCACAACAAAAGCGACAGUGUCACCUCCAAAAGACAAGAAAAAGAAAAAGAAAAAGAAGAAGAACAAAAGGAAGAUAGUAGUUGCCUGGAUCUUAGGGUUCGUCGUCGUAGGCAUAGGCGGAAUCAUCUCCGGAGUGAUCUUCAGAUUGAUCCUCAAAGCAAGAAGAGGACCAGAAAAACCAUUAAGUCCUACUAUAUUCAGCCUUUUGAUCAAGAGAGCCGAAGACUUAGCUUUCUUGGAGAACGAAGAAUCAUUAGCCUCUCUUAAGCUCAUCGGCAGAGGAGGCUGCCGAGAAGUUUUCAAAGCCAAACUACCAGGAAGCAACGGGAAGAUCAUAGCCGUUAAGAGAGUGACACAACCCUGUAGAAGCGCAACCGAGCUUGUAGACGAAGAGCCCAGGUUUCUGAACAGGUACAUGUUGCAAAUCAGGUCAGAGAUCAUCACAGUAGGUCAUAUCCGGCACCGGAAUCUUCUCCCGUUGCUAGCACACGUCCCGAGACCCGAGUGUCACUUCCUUGUCUACGAGUACAUGAAGAACGGGAGUUUGCAAGAUAUACUAACCGACGUUUCAGCUGGAAACAAAGAGCUAACGUGGCCAGCAAGGCACAAGCUUGCUUUAGGUAUAGCUGCGGGGCUUGAGUAUCUUCACAUGGAAAGUAAACCUAGAAUCAUCCACAGAGACUUGAAGCCGGCUAAUGUUCUUCUUGACGACGAUAUGGAGGCUAGAAUCACGGAUUUCGGGUUGGCCAGGGCGAUGCCUGAUGCAGUCACGCACAUUACAACCUCUACGCUUUCAGGUACCGUGGGAUACAUAGCACCAGAGUAUCACCAAACUCUCAAGUUCACGGACAAGUGUGACAUCUAUAGCUUUGGGGUGAUUCUCGGGGUGCUGGUGAUUGGGAAGCUUCCUUCUGAUGAGUUUUUCCAGCAUACCAUUACCAAUGAGAUGAGUCUUAUAAAGUGGAUGAGGAAGGUACUAACGUCGGAGAAUCCAAGCCUAGCUAUUGAUCCGAAGCUGAUGAAACAAGGGUUCGAUGAACAGAUGCUUCUUGUUCUGAAGAUUGCUUGUUACUGUACUUGGGAUGAUCCUAAACGGAGACCGAACAGCAGAGAAGUCAAGAUUAUGCUGUCCCAGAUCAAGCACUAGCUAGUUUCUCUCUAUGAUAUGUAGUGUACAUUCCCUGUCUUAUGAAAUAACUAGAUUUUGACCCGAACUUUCGUGCAGAAAUUUUUUCAUUUUAUAAAUGUAUUUGAUAGUAUUACAAAUGUUUUACAUAUAUAAUUUUCAUUUUAGUGUUAUAUAUUUUGUAACUCUACAAUAUUAUUGUUUAUAUUUAGUAUUUGGCAUUAUUAAUAUAUAGUAAUUUGUUUAA